UGCUCCGGCACUGCAGUGCUGAUUGUGAUUGAACACACACACACACAAACACACGCGCGUGCACGCACACGCACUCACACACAGGCUUGCACGUCCGAACACACGCACACAGGAGCGUAGCUGAGUAGCAAGUACUGCAGCAGCAUGCAGCAUCUGCGGCUCAGCCAUUCAGGGAAUGAAGGAAGCAGAUCGCGGGAGGGGAAAUAGUUUGCUACCUCAGACCAGCCUGCUUGUGCACCUUAGCAGAGGUGAGGAUAAUGCAUUUCAAGAGCGGAUGGCUUAUGCUAUCCUGUCUCUUCUGCACUGCCUCUGCAUCCCGCUCACCCUGCUCCUCCCACUCCAACUCUUCCUCCUCCUCCUCUCUACAGCAUCAUUAGACAGGACUACAGAUUGACCGGGACUGGCAAGCGGUGGAUGGUCAGGUUUUUUUUUUUUUUACCCCCCAGCUGAAGGAUUCUUCUGUGGCUAUGCUACAUCUGCACUCUGGCUGCUGCUGGCUGGAUUGUAACUGACUUCCGGAGCUUGAAAAUAGCACCGAAGCGUACGAGGAAUCUUGGAUGUGUGUGUAGCAUUCUGUACCAGUGUUGUCGCUGGUGCAUUUCCUUCUCUUUUUUUUUUUUUUUUGUUGUUUUUUUUUCCCUGCUGGUUGUUUUUGCCUUCUCAGAGACUGGCUAGCAGGCACUGCAGCAUCAGGACCGCAAGAUCCAUGAAGGGGUAGGGCAUGAGGACCCAGGGGCAACCCUAAGGAAGGGCUUGAGUACUUCCAUUGGUACCACUGCUAAGCUGAGCGUUUGGGACAGCAGGUGGAAGAGAAGAUGCUUAUGGCCCGAGACACGGCCCGGGAUGAGGCUCAAAAGCUACACAGGAAGUGGCUGAAGCACCAGGCCUUUAUGGCAGAGCUGGCCCGCAAUAAGGAAUGGCUGGCCAAGAUAGAACAGGAGGGUCAGGAGCUGAUCCAGGAGAAGCCGGAGCUGCGUCCGGUCGUGCAGCAGAAGCUGGAGGAGAUCAGAGAGUGCUGGUCAGACCUGGAGACCACCACCAAGGCCAAGGCCCGCCAACUCUUUGAGAACAACAAGCCGGAGCCGGCAGUGAAGAGCUACUCGGACCUCGACAGCCAGCUGUCCCACCUGGAGCAGCAGCCCCCACAGCUGGAACAGGCACACCACCUGCCCACCUUCAAUGAACAGCUCCAGAAAUUCCAGGCGAUGGAGUCUCAGAUCGGGGACUUCUACAAGGACAUGGGGGAGCUGGGAGGCCUGCAGGGCCUCAGCCUUCCCCAGCGAGGCCUGGUGGCGGGUGAGAAGGAGGGCGGCGAGCAGUCGGGUGAGGUGGAGACCCGCAUCGUUCGCCUCAUCGAGCCUCUGAAGGAGCGGCGCCGCAUCCUGCUGGCUUCCAAGGAAAUGCACCAGGUUGCCCAGGAUCUGGAGGAUGAAAUUAUGUGGAUCCAAGAAAGGCUUCCUUUAGCGUCGUGUAAGGAUUAUGGGAAUAACCUCCAGAGUGUGCAGCAGCAUGUCAAAAAACACCAGACACUCCAGAGAGAGCUGACGGGGCGGCGGGCUCGGAUCGAGGAGGUCUUGGAUCGGGCCGCCAUCAUCGCCUCGCUAAGAACUCCAGAGGUGGACUUCGUGCGCGAGGGAGCGGGGCACGUGCGCCAGCUUUGGGAGGUGCUGCAGCUGGAGACGGAGAGGCGCUCCGUGAUGCUGGACGCCGCCCUGCAGUCUCAGCAGUACUACAGCGAGGCCGCCAAGGUGGAGUCCUGGCUGUCGGGGCAGAAGCUCCACGUUGCCAACGAAGAGAAAGGCACGGAUGAGGCGAACACCCUGCAGCUGCUGAAGGCUCACCUGGCUCUGGAGCAAACAGUGGAAACGUAUGCAGAGACCGUAGGCAUGCUCUCCCAGCAAUGCCAGCAUUUACUGGAGCUGGGACACCCAGAGAGUGAGCAGAUCACUAAGCAGCAGUCCCACAUCGACCGACUGUAUGUGUCCCUGAAAGACAUGGUGGAGCACAGAAAAACCAAACUGGAGCAGCAGUACUGGCUCUACCAGCUCAACAAGGAAGUUGAGGAGUUAGAGAAAUGGAUCACUGAGCGCGAGGCCGUGGCCAGUUCCACCGAGCUGGGCCACGACCUUGAGGAAGUGACGGUGCUUCAGGAGAGGUUCACCAAGUUUGCCUCCGAAACCAACAGCGUCGGCGAGCAGCGCAUGGAGCAGGUGAACAAAAUGGUGAACGAGAUGAUCGACUGCGGUCACUCGGACGCUGCCACCAUCGCCGAGUGGAAGGACGGCCUGAACGAGUCGUGGGCCGACCUCCUGGAGCUCAUGGAGACGCGCAGGCAGAUGCUGGCUGCGUCCCAACAGUUGCACAAGUUCUUCACCGACUGCAAAGAGGUCUUGGCUCAGAUCACGGGGAAGAUGAAGCAGCUGCCAGAGGUGAGGGCGUGCCAGGCCAACAUCACCAAUCCAGCCACCCUGCAGAGACUCAUGCACUCCUUUGAGCAUGCCCUUCAACUGCUAGUCGCGCAGGUGAGGCAGCUCCAGGAGAACGCUGCCCAGCUCAGGACCAUCUACGCUGGCGAAAAGGCAGAGGCCAUCAUGGUGAAAGAGCAGGAAGUCAUGGACGCUUGGAAGGAACUGCUGAGCUCCUGCGAGGCCAGUCGCAUCCAGGUGACUUCAGUGACCGACAAGGUGCAGUUCUUCUCGGUGGUGCGUGAAAACCUAAUGUGGAUGGAAGGCAUCAUGGGCCAAAUAAGAUGGGAUGAGCCAAGGGACCUGACGGCUCUGGAAGUGAUGAUAAAACAUCACCAGGAUCUAAAAGCCAAAGUAGACGGCCGCAGCAAGACCAUCCAGCAGUGUGCAGACCUCGGCAAGAUUUUGAUAGCUGCAGGCAACCCAGCGUCAGAGGAGAUACAAGAGAAGUUGGACAGUCUACUCACAAAGCAGAAGGAUCUGGUCGAAAAGUGGGACAAACACCAGGAAAGGUUACUACGGAAGCAAGAACACUUCCAGUUUGCCCAGGAGACGGUGAAGGCAGAAGCCUGGCUGAAAGCCAAGGAGCCACUGAUGAGCUCCAAGCAGCAAGAGGGAGAAGAGGCCCGGGCCCAAACAGACGAGGUUGAGCAGCUCAUACUUCGCCACGAGGCCUUCCGCAAGGCCGCUGUAACCUGGAAAGAACGCUUCAGCUCCCUCCGCCAGCUUUCUGCAGCCGAGAAGAAAAAAGAGGAGGAAAAAAAGACAACCCCACUCUCCAGUCGAAGAAUGUUCCCGUUAUCAUGUCUGACUCCCAGUGUCCCUUCAACCAGUGCUACCUCUUCUUACUUGAGGCAGACAAUACAGGCUCAAAUAGAACCCAAACCCUUCCAGACCAGUUUUGACCUGGGUACCAGUUCUGCAGCCCACAGAUUGUCUACAACACUCGCCAGCUAUAAUCCAGUUAUUAACGGUUCAGGCUACCAUGGACUGGAGCAACAGUGCGUUGGAAAAGUAGGACACAACUCAUACCUGGGGAUGAACCAACAGGUGGCUGGAGCUGGAAGUGACUCUGGCUUAUCAGCAUCCCAGAGUGGAGGGGCAGACAGCUCGACUUACCACGGAAUAAACCACCAAACUCCUGGUAGUGCAGAGAGUUCUGGAUACUUUGGAGUCACCACAGGGUGUUUGGGUGGUUUGCAAAAUCAUCUAGGUGCUGGUAAGUUAGGCAGUUCAGGAAACAUAGCUCAGCAGCCAAGCAGCGGCAGUAUGGUAAGCCCUAGCUUUUUGCCUCAACAAAAUAUGGGCAGUUCUGGAUAUUUGGCCCAACCACAGAAUUUGGGAAGUUCGGGAUAUCUUGGACAGCAGUCUAAUAUGGGAAGCUCUGGAUAUUUGGCACAGCAGCCUAACCUGGGGAGCUCUGGGUAUUUGGCCCAACAGUCGAAUUUGGGCAGUUCUGGGUAUUUGGCACAACAGCCUAAUUUGGGGAGUUCUGGAUAUUUGGCACAGCAGCCUAAUCUGGGGAGUUCUGGAUAUUUGGCACAACAGCCUAAUCUGGGUAGUUCUGGAUAUUUGGCACAACAGCCUAAUCUGGGUAGUUCUGGGUAUUUGGCACAACAGCCUAAUUUGGGGAGUUCAGGAUACCUACCGCAGAAUUACCAGGGCAGUGGUGGAAUGGGAAGCUCGGGUUUUUUGGCACAAAAUCACUACAGCAGCGGAAGUCUGGGCAGCUCUGGUUUCCUGGCCCAGAGUGGAGGCAUCAUGGACCCUAAAAUGGCAUAUGCAUGGCAGCACCUGAAAGCUGACUUCAUGCAGCCCAGGAUCAACCACAUCCACAAAGCUAUAAAUCCUCUAUUAGAGGCCAGCAGGCUGCAGCGAGAACAGUUCGGAGACAUCCCAAUGGCAGACAUGGUGGGACCAGAAUCAGGACUGGAGCUUCUCCAUGGCCGUCUCCAGAGGGAUCCCCGCGGCAGCCGCUCGGAUCCACAGAUGGACCAUCUGAGGCGGGAAAGGGAGUACAAGCUGGGAAGACAGACCUCCAGUGAACAGGAAAUCCAGGCCAGGCUGAAUGAGCUGCCGCUGAUAGUGCGGCAGGAACGCUACAGAAGGCGCGUAGAGCGGCAGUCGUCCAGCGAACAAGAAGGGAGCAACAAGCAGAGGAUACAGAGACAGGACUCCAGUGACAUGGAGGGCUCUGUGAAGGACGGCUCUGACAAACGCUCAGGGGAGAAGAGAUCUACGAUGGCAGAAAUUGUGGAACAAGUCCAGGAAAGAGAGGCGGCACAUGCACGUGGAGAACCCUAUCGUCCUCCUAGCAGCCUCUCAGCGCCUGUGACUCGUUUUGAUGGACGACCCCGCGCCCGAGACCGUCCCAAGCCAAGGAGGCGGCCCCGUCCGAAAGAGCCUGAGACAACUCGUCGUUCUCGUUCGGCCCCGGCAACUGGUGCCCCAACCACACCUCAGCCUCCGUCAGACACUGCCCAAAAUGAAGGCUUCCUCUAUCGUAAAAAGGCCACCAGCACUGACCUUGAAGCUCAGCAGAGGAGCCCUAACAGCAAAUCAUGGGUGAACGUAUACUGUGUGCUGAAGGAGGGAAAGUUGACUUUCUAUAAGGAUGCUAAGAAUCUGACUGCAACAUACAACGGGGAGCCUUCUGUUGACAUGAGUGACUGCAAAUUUGAUCCUUCAAUGGGCUACAAGAAGAAGAAAAAUGUCUUCAUACUUCAAGUAAAUGAUGGAACCAACUUUGUAUUCCAUGCUAAAGAUGAGGAGGACCUGAAGGCGUGGACCUCAAGUAUCACCACAAGUAUUGCUGAGCAAGACGACCUGGCCAAGUGGGACAAACCUGGCACCUCGUCCAUGGACCCCGACCGCUCAGAGAGGAAGGAGAAGUCAGAGGGGGACGCAGAUGCCAGGUCAGAGAGGUCCGAGCUGGUGGAGGGGGAGGAGAGGUCCGAGAAAGGCGAGGGCUCCGAAAAGCUAGACACAUCUGAAAUUGCUGACAAGCUAGAGGGUGGGGCGGGGGGCUCCAGCACAUCUGGCAGGAGCAAAUGAUCAAUCCCUUUGUGUUUUAAUGUUAUUGUUAAAUGUCACCGACAAAAGGCAAAGGAAGCAGGGGGUGGGAGGGAGGGACAGGUGGAGAGCAUGUUUGCAGACCCUCCGUCACAGAGGCUAAAGACCCUCUGAGGCCACGGUUCCUGGACUGACUACUGCUGUAACUGUGACCAGACUAAUCUCUCAGCCCAUCCCCUUCACCCGGGCAAUACAUCCGUGCUUGCAUAGUGCCACCUGCUGGUUGAUAACGGAGAUCAAGUCCAGACAGACRGACAGUCUCCAGCAAAUGGUCCCAGGAAUUAGUCACUGUCACUUUCCAUUGCUGAUUGUUUGAUCUAAUGAAUUCACAGCAUCUUUCUGUAUGUAUCUCUGAAAAUGUAAUGCUCUGUCUAACAAGACAAAUCCGAGAAGCGGUGAAUGAAAUGUUUCACGUCAAUACGGAGGAGAAAAAAAAAAUUCUUCUUUUUUUUUUUUUUUGAAGCAAUAUACUUUGUUUUUAUUUUUUCCCUCUUUGCCAGAGAAACAGAGGGGAUGAAACAAAAAGUAAUUUAACACAAAAAAAAAAGACGAAAGCUACGAUUUGUCUCCUAAACUUUCUCCAGGCAGUUGUGCACCUUACCACUUGACACAUCUGUACAGUAAACAUGACAUUUAUCCCCCAUCACAUGGCUAGCUUUGGAUCAUGUUAAUAUAUUGGAAUGCUGGUGUCACCACCUAACUUCAGUGGAGUCAGUGAAAACACAUUUCUACCGUUUCAUUUUGGUUUCUAUUACGACAGUUAUUAAACUUAUUUGUCCACGAUGUUUUAUGUGUCAAGAAAAGAGAUUCCUGCAAAAUUUCAACCCAUUAACCCGAGGUGUGUAACACUAAGCCUACAAGACACAAUGCCUUUGUAUACAUGAUGACAAAACUUGGAACAUUGCAUGAAAUGGUCUGUUACUGCACCUGUUAAACUUGCCUUUUAUUUUUCUGAUCUUGUCACAGAACAGGCGACGAGGGAGUUGCAAUAAUUUAACGUGAGCUCGGGUUAAGAGGGGGGCGGAGUCGAGAGGGACGUUUCAAAAGCAGGGUUCGCCUUUUGCAUACUGAGCAUCAAAAAAAACAACAGCAACAACAAAAAAACAGGGGGGCUGUUUGGAACUCUCCAAAGCCCAGACAGCCCCUCUGCUGUCUGUAAUUUGUUAGUGCAAAUUUAGUUUCCACAGAAUGUACUGAUAUCAGCUGUGAAAUGUUCAACCGCCGCCAGACGACAGUCGGCGGCGCCCUAAAUUGUAACGCCCUGAAGUCGUGCUCUUUGCCCCCGUGUCCUUUCGUUCAGAGUUUAAACCGACUGAAGCCUCUCCACCAAAGGCAAGUUCAUUGGAAAAACUGUCAUGAAUUGUAUAUACCUAACUUUGUAUGUAUACCAGUAAACCCUGUGCUCUAAAUAAAACAACUCUGAGCUCAUAACUGACGUGGGUAAAACCUAAGCAUUUAUUUUAAGCCACAAAGAGAACCGUGUAUUGAUGUUUAUCACAUUUAAAUGAAAAAUAUGCAAAUUAGGACUCACUAUUAAUUCUCAUAGAGUGUAUAUAUAAAUACACCGGUACAGCAUCUAGUUCUAUUUAAAAAAAAAAAAUUAAAAAAAACUUUUACCAGGGAGGAGCAGCAGGACAUCCUGUUGGCAUGCUUCUUGUAUUUUUCUAUGCCUAUAUUUAUUCAUGUCAGAUUCAGGAGUUUUUUGUCCCUAAGAAGAUCUGGUUGAUGUAGCUGAUUGAGUGUGUCUGUGACAGGAGAGUUAAAUGUGUGUGUUACAAACCUACCCAGCCCGCUGCAGGUGGCAUAAGGUAUGGUAUACUGUGAACGCUGAGAGGAAUAGGCAUCGGUCCACUUCUCGUUUGUCACGUGAGAUUCACUUUUCUUUUAUUUAUUGAUUUAUUUAUUUUUUACACACGUGAGUACAAAUAAACUUUCUGUAACGUCGACAUAAAAUGUGGUUUGAAUUGCAGUAUUAAAGGAGCUCCACAGCCUCACUGUGCAGAAACGGGCAGCAAACAGUUCAGAUCUUUUUCUCUUUUUUUUCCAGAUUCUCUUGUUAUGCCGUUUCCCGUGUUCCCAUCCUACCCAUCCUGCACCUCUCCUGUGUAAAAAAAAAAAAAAAAAAAGGCUUCUAAAAUAUAUGUCUUCCUUUCAAAGACGGAACACCAAAAGUACAUAUGCGAGAUGCAGCACUGUUUGAACACGCUGACAUGAGGAUUGUGGUGUGUCUCUCUACACUACUGUAAUUUUUUUUGGACAAGGAUAAGAAACCAUUGCUUUUAUUUGUGAGCUAUUGUUUUAGGGGUUUUUACAUAAGUGCCAUGUCAUGCAGUCUGCUCUAACCGUGCUUCACAAAGAGGGUCGUUCUAAUCCACUGGAAACGCGACCGGCAGCCAUUGCGAAACAUAUUUUUUAACAGAAUUAGGAGCAUUUUCCUGUGGCUGUGAUUGUCCUGGUUUUGUGGCGGAUAUUAAGGCCACGCCAACAUGUGCAUUUGAAGUGUUUGCUUCCCACCACUUUUAUGAAACACACAGGGGGAUAUUUACCACUAUGUUAAAACAGAGCCAGAAUUAGAUAGGCAGCAUAAUCCAUGACUGAAGACAGAAAUAUUGUGCAAACUUUGUUGACUUUAUUGAUGGUCUUACAAGUGUGUAUGUCUUUGUUACUUUACAAUACAACUUGCUGCUAUGACAUUAAAUAAACCUCCAAACUUGC